UUCACCUUCCUUUUUUUGGCAGAAGUCAGUUUGUUCCCAGUGUACUAGAAUGGAAUGGAACAAUGAGACUCAUUACCAAAAGUGUAGGCUCUUGUCCAGAACUUUGAAUUCUCUCUGGGAGCAGUGGGCAGAGAGAGAUGAUAAAAAGAGGUAGAAGUUAGCUUUGUAUAUGUAGCCUACAACUUGAAGGGCCCUCAAUAGAGAGGAGAGCAGUGAGGUCCUGAGUUUUGUCCUCACUCCUUAGGAAGACAGACCUAUAAUUUCAUGGGAAAAUUCAUAGGGCAUAUAUACCCAGGGCUGUAUCUUUUCUCCUAUGGACUGUAUCAGGCCACAGUGGUCUUUAAGGCCAUGAUAGUCAAUGACUCUCUCCUCUGUCCUUCGUGCCCUCCCAGGCAUAAGGGAAUAUGGGCCAGGCUGUGGAUAAUAUCCUACAGAGGUUUGCUGAAGAUAGUGACUGGUUCCAUCUUAACAAUUUAUGUAGUCUUCUGUCUUGAUGAUGGGAUGGUGUUGAUGAACAAGAAGUACCCACCAGGAUUUAUGUGCCCCAAAGAGUGGCAGCACCUCACUAUGUUCAUCCUCUUCACCCUCAAUGGCUGUGUAGAUGUCAUGAGCAAGAACUUGCUACCUCAGAGGUGUGUGGUCCUAGAGAAAGGUACCCUGGUCCUGACCUUCUAUGUGCUCCUGCUGCUGUUGAUCCACGUCCAGGACUCAACCGGGAUAGAGCUUCAGAUUCAUUAUCUGCUCAUCGUGGUGGUGUUCCUGUUGAUGCUGGUGUUGACCAUAGGGCUGUGGACUCCUGACACAUUUCACCUCUUGCUGAUUGAGACUUUUCUGUUUCUGACGAUGGGCUCCUGGCUGAUACAGGGGGGCUUUAUUCUGUACAGACCAGUCACUGGCUACCCAUGGCAGGAUGAUGACAUCAGUGACAUCAUGUUUAUCACCAUCUUCUUCUGUUGGCAUGUGAUGAUCAAUGCUUUGUGUCUGCUGGGAAUCUAUGGAAUCUCUUCCUUUGGGCAUCAUUGUUACCGUCCCAGCUUGAAGCUGAUGGAAUCCAAAGAAGCUCCACAUCACAAGGGCACUACAAGACCCCUCUACAAAUUGCUGCGGGAAGUGGAACAGUCAGAGAAAGAUGACCAGGCUCCUCUCCUUUCAAAGAGCUCUCCCUGAGACAGGGCCUAGAAUGCCUGGCACAUUGUCCACUCAUCUUUUCCCUUGUGUGUUCUCUCAGACACGUGCAAUGUACCCUUUUCGGUCCCCAGUGAAGGUAAUGGCCAUGAAGGAGAGCAGUUGGUCUCCAUCUGCUGGUACAUCUCCUGCCCUUGAUCUUCUAGUUGCUGAGGAGAUGAGGAGAGAGGAACCUGAGAAAGAGAUGCUGAUGGGAUUGGUGGGGUGGUAGAGAGAGCACCAGGGAAGUGGGAAAGUGUAAAAGCCAUGGGGGGCAGAGGAUGCGAUAGAAGGGAGGCCUUCAAAGGGAGGAGAGCAGAGUCUAGCAGUCAUGCAGCCACC